AUGGAUUUAACAUUAUCCCUUCCAUCUCCUAGUGUAGAGGAUGGCUUGGCAUCAGACCUCACACUUCUCACGAAGACACUAUAUGAUUUGCAAAAAAGUCAAGAAGCAGAUUUUCUUGCUGGUAGUCCACUGAAAGAGCUGGUCGUAGAACAAUUUGAUGAAGAGCAGAUCUGGCAGGAGAUUGAACUGCAGAACAAUUCAGUCUUAAAUUAUUUUAAAGAUACAGUGUCUGCUUUGCAGCAGGCAUCUAUUAUCAAGCUGAUUGAAACAGAAAACGUGGAGCUUGACACUCCUGAGGAAAAGUUGGAAAAUGAGUUUACAGAAGAUGAUGAAAUAACAGAGGGCAAUGUUGGAAAACAGGAAGAGUUACAAAGAGUAAAGAGAAAAGACUCCGAUAAAGGCUCAGAAACUGAAAAGCUUAGUGGUGAAGACUCUGACUUUGACGUCGAUAUUGAUGAAGUUGAGAAAAAGACUAAAGUCCAGGAGAAGAACUCAGGAUUUAUUGGCAGCUCUGAACUAGAUGAUAAAUUUUUUAGACUUUCAGAAAUGGAAAAUUUUUUAGAGAAAUUUGAAAAAGAAAAUGAUAAGCAGAAAAAUGAUGAUGAAAUUAAUUAUUUUGAAGAUAUUCCCUCUGAAGAUGAAGAGCUUGUCCCCAAAUUAAAGACUAAAAGAAAGUUCCAGAACCUACAGUACCAGGAUUUCUUUGACCCAGUUGAGGGUGAGAAACCCAUGGUGAAAGAUGACGAUGCGGAGACUGAAAGUGUUGAGGCAGAAGAGGAACCAGAACCAGAAGGAUUUGAGCAGGAGGAAGAAAUGGCUGAAAACCAGGAGAUGGCCAAGUUCGUGUGUGACCAAGACACCAAAGGGACACAUCGGAAAGUUCACUUUAACCUGCCAGAUGACACUGAUGGGGAGGAAUUAGCUGACAUGAGAGGAAGAAACAAACCAGAAGAGACAAAAUCAACUUUCGAGCAACGACAAGAAAAGAUGAAUGCACAAAUCCAACAGCUGGAACAAUCUUUCUUGGAGCAGAAGCCUUGGCAGCUUCUGGGAGAGGUCAGUGCCCAGAAACGACCAGAGAACAGCCUGCUGGAGGAGGACCUCCAGUUUGACCAUGCAGUUAGGAAGGCUCCAGUAAUCACUGAGGAGACGACACUUAAACUGGAGGAUAUCAUUAUCCAGAGGAUUAAAGACCAGGCUUGGGAUGAUGUUGUACGUAAGGAAAGACCAAAAGAAGAGGUCUUUGAAUAUAAGAAGAGACUCACCUUGGACCAUGAGAAAAGCAAACUGAGCUUGGCUGAAGUUUAUGAGCAAGAAUAUCGAAAGCAAACUCAGCAAACAUCUGAAGUGGAGGAAAAUGUGCAGCAUGCUGAGAUCCAGAAGUUGAUGGAUUCCCUAUUCCUUAAACUGGAUGCACUCUCAAAUUUCCAGUUCACACCCAAACCACCCGUGCCUGAAGUGAAGGUGGUCUCUAACCUGCCAUCUAUCUGUAUGGAGGAGGUAGCACCAGUGAAUGCUAGUGAUGCUACUCUGCUAGCACCAGAAGAAAUCAAGGAGAAGGGCCAAGCUGGAAAACUCCAGGGAGCCACAGAAAAGACAGCAACGGACAAGAAACGAGACAGAAGGAAGAAAAAGAAACUGAAGCGUCUCCGACUGAAGGAAAAGGAAGCACAUCAGAAGGUGUUGGAGAAGCUGAAUGUGAAGCUGAGUAAUAAGCAAGUGAAGGAAAAGAAUGCUGAAAAAUUGAGAAAAUUGACCCAGGGAGGAAAGGCAACGUUGUUGAAGGAUGAAGGAAAAGACAAAACUCUACGGUCGUCAAAGGCCUUUUUCUCCCAGUUACAAGAUCAAGUGAAAGCUGAGUUGAGAGGAGCCAAGAUGGGAGCCAAGAAGCAAAACAAACAGAGAGCUCUAUCAGCAAGCAAGCUGAAACUUUAAUUCUGUGCCCUUCAGCUCCUUUGUACUGUUACUUACCUGUAUCCUGUACCUACUUAUCAUUGUACAUAAAAGCAUUCCAAAAACUUUAA